ACUUUACUAAAACCAAAGCUAGAUCAGAUUUCUUUCACACACUCCUUUUGAAGAUAUUUCUUAUACAUACAUAAUCCUGCAUUUUGUUUGCUGUGAUUUCUUACAAACUAAGCAACAAAUGGCCACUAGUACGAACGAAACACUCUCAACUCAUGUGAAGGUGUUGCUAGACAAAAUUGUUUCUAAUCAUGGGUUCAUGGACAACUUCCGGACCACUAAGCUUGACCUUUCACUCUUGAAAAAACUCGAGAAAAAACUGCUGAGGAUUUUAGAUGUACUUCAUUAUGCUUCUGUUGCUGAUGUCAAUGAAUGGUGGUUGGAUACGCUGAGGUAUGCUCUCUUUGAAGUUGAUAAUUUGUUUUACGAAAUCAAGACUGAGGCGUUACGCUGCAAAGUAGAAGCUGAGCAUCAAAUUGCUACUACAUCUCAGGUGCAUUAUCUUUAUUCUCCUUUCACAAGGUUUGAUAGGGUCAGCAAUUCUCAAAUGCAGAAAUUAAUUGGAAGAUUAGAAUUCUUGAGUUCUAUUUAUAGAAGAAACAAUGAUGUAAAGAAACUUAAACAUCUUUUAUUUUCUAAUGAUGGAGAUGAUCAAAUAAGAAUUAUUUCCAUCGUGGGAAUGGUAGGGAUUGGUAAAACAGCCCUUGCUAAACUCCUUUACAACGAUCCUCAUGUAAAGGACAAAUUUGAGUUAAAACUGUGGGUAGAUAUGUCAAAAUAUUAUGAGGAUUUUGUUGAUAUCAGUGUUUUUGAAACCAACAUUAAAUCUAUCACUUCACAUGCAAUCAUCAAUCAUAACUUGGAUGCAGAAGGAAACAUUGACGUGAAUAUCGUGUACCCAAAUUUUUUAUUAGUAUUGGAUGACGUUUUGGAUGCAAGAUCUGUCAAUUGGACAUUACUGAUGGAUAUGUUAAACGCUCAGAAAACGGGUAGCACAAUUAUCAUCACAACACGAGAUGAAAGAGUUCCAAAAUCCAUGGAAAGCUUUUUUUAUGUCCACUAUUUGAGACCUUUGGAAAGCGAAGAUUGCUGGUCUAUAGUUGCCAGACAUGCAUUUGGACCACGUAACUACCAAAAACUAUCAAAUCUUGAAGAAAUUGGAAGGAAAAUUGCAGAAAAGUGUGAUGGAUUACCAUUAGCUGCAGUAACAGUUGCGAGUUUUCUUCGUGAAGAAUUUUCCCAGGAUUACUGGAAUAAUGUGCUAAUACGUGACAUUUGGGAAUUGGUACAAUAUGUCGUCCAACCUGCGCUACAAUCGAGCUACAAUUCUCUUUCAGCUCCUUUAAAACAGUGCUUUGAAUAUUGUUCAAUUUUUCCGAAGAAAUACAUCUUAGAAAAAAAUGUGGUGGUUCAGUUGUGGAUUGCAGAAGGGUUGGUAGAAUCCUCCGCAGAUCAGGAAAAAGUCGGAGAAGAGUACUUUGAUGAACUAGUGUCAAGAUCGUUGAUACAUCGACAAUCUAUUGGCAAUGAGGAAGCAAACUUUGAAAUGCAUAGCCUCCUCCAUGAUUUUGCCACAAUGGUUUCAUCUUCAUAUUGUACCAGGUUGGACGAACAGAACUUACAUCAAAGGAUACGUAAUUUAUCAUACAAUAGAGGGCUAUAUGACUCAUUUAAUAAAUUUGAUAAAUUGUAUGCAGUAAAAGGUCUACGUACCUUUCUAGCAUUACCAUUACAAAAACAACUACAUUUUUGUUUGUUAUCAAACAAGGUAGUACAUGACUUGCUGCCAACAAUGAAACAAUUACGCGUGUUGUCUUUGUCAAACUACAGGAGUAUCACCGAGGUUCCCAACUCUAUUGAAAAUUUGUUAUACCUGAGGUACUUAAAUCUUUCCCACACUAAGAUUGAAAGGUUGCCUUCUGCAACAUGCAAGCUUUAUAAUCUGCAGUUCUUGUUGUUGGCAGGCUGUAGAAGGCUCAUUGAGUUGCCAGAGGACAUGGGGAAAUUGGUUAAUCUACAUCACCUUGACAUUAGUGACACUGCAUUGAGGGAGAUGCCCGUACAAAUAGCCAAACUAGAAAAUCUCCAUACUUUGUCCGACUUUGUUGUCAGCAAGCAUAAUGAUGGAUUGAAGCUAGCGGAGCUGGGAAAAUUUCCCCACCUGCAUGGAAAACUUUCCAUCUCACAGCUACAAAAUGUUAAUGACACAUUUGAAGCAGAUCAAGCCAAGAUUAAGAUGAAAGAACAAAUAGAAGAUUUAGCUUUAGAAUGGGACCGUGGUACUACUUUCCCUGAUUCACCAAUUCAAAGUGUUGUACUUGAACGUUUGCAACCCUCAACAAAUUUGAAAAGUCUCACCUUAAAAGGCUACGGUGGAUUCAGCUUUCCAAAUUGGUUGGGUGAUUUUUUAUUCAGCAACAUGGUGUACUUAAGGAUCUCGAAUUGUGAUGAUUGUUUAUGGCUUCCACCCCUUGGACAAUUGGGUAAUCUGAAAAAACUCAUUAUUGAAGGGAUGCAAUCAGUAGAGACAAUUGGUACUGAGUUCUAUGGAAGUGACGGUUCUCUUUCAUUUCAACCAUUUCCCUGCUUGGAGACUUUAUACUUUGAGAACAUGCAAGAGUGGGAGGAAUGGAACCUGAUUGGAGGUACGGCUAAGGAGUUUCCUAGUCUGAAAACUUUAUCACUAAGUAAGUGCCCGAAACUGAGAGUAGGUAACAUACUUGACAAAUUUCUUUCCUUAACUGAAUUUGAGUUAAGAGAAUGUCCUCUAUUGGUGCAAUCAAGGCCAUCAUCAGAUCCUGUGUUCACAACAAAUUCUCUUCAACAGUUGACUAUAGACGUCUUUCCAUCUUAUAUGUCUUUCCCAACAGUCAGUCUACCAAAAACCUUGAAGUCUCUCAUAAUCAGUAACUGUGAGAGUCUAGAGUUCCUUCCUCAUGAAUACUUGCACCAUUACACAUCACUUGAAGAAUUGAAAAUAUCUUAUAGUUGUGAUUCAAUGACAUCAUUUCCCUUGGGCGCUCUCCCUGUCCUCAAGAGUCUCUUUAUUGAGGGUUGUAGAAAUCUGAAAUCGAUAUUAAUUGCAGAAGACGGGUCGCAGAAGAGUCUCUCAUUUCUUAGAAGCAUCAAAAUAUGGGAUUGUAAUGAACUGAAGUCAUUUAUGCCAUGCGGAUUGCACACUCCAAACCUCAUUCACUUUGCAGUUUGGAAAUGUCAGAAGCUUUCUUCACUGCCAAAAGCAAUGAACACUCAAACUGACCUUCAAGAAAUGGAAAUCGAUGAUCUUCCAAAUCUUCAAUCUUUUAUCAUAGAUGAUUUGCCUAUCAGUUUACGGGAACUGACUGUUGGCUCUGUUGGAGGGAUUAUGUGGAACACCGAGCCAACUUGGGAACAUCUCACUUGUCUUUCAGUGUUGCGAAUUAAUGGCAAUGCUAUGGUGAACACGCUGAUGGAGCCACUGCUACCUGCAUCGCUUGACACACUAUGUAUCAGUGGUCUUAAUGUUGCAAGCAUUGAUGGGAAGUGGCUUCAAAAUCUCACUUCUCUCCAAAACCUUGAGAUUGUUAACGCUCCCAAACUUAAGUCAUUGCCAAAAAAAGGAUUGCCUUCCUCUCUUUCGGUACUAAAUAUGACUCGCUGCCCAUUGCUCAAAGCAAGUUUGGGAAGGAAGCGACGGAAAGAGUGGCGUAAGAUUGCUCACAUUCCCACCAUAAUUAUCGAUGAUGAGUUGAUCACAUGAGCUUCCUUUCUGGAAAUAAAUUCCGUGUCACCCCUGAUUUUGCCCAAUCCUGCUGCUGUGAGGAGCCAAAUUUGCAUGCACGAACUGCAACCAAUUCUAGUAAAUGUUGUACUGAUGAGGAACAGAUGAAAAUGAGAAACAACAACUGACUGCAAAUAUGUUAGAUCUGCCAAUGACUUCAAGCGUGAUUGAUGGCUUGCACCAAGAUGGCAACAGUGGCAUCUGAGUUUUUUUUGCAGGAUUCAGAAAAAGAGAUACAGGUCCUCUGUUUGGUGAAAGUAUAUGUGAUUUUGGCAUGUCCUGUGUUGGGAAGGAUCUUUGAAAAGAUGUUGCCCUAUUUCUACCAUCAAAUUUAUUUGGAAUAUCCAGGCCUUCAUGGAGAGAUCCUUGACAGUAGCCGGGGCACGUUCGUCCUUUAUUUCACACAUUAAGAGAAGGAGCAUCCAAACCAUGAAAGAGCAGAGAGUCAUGCAAGCAAAAGUUUAGUUGAGUAUAGCAGCCAUCUAUAUUCAGUUCUGUUACACAGACAUUGCAGUACCAUCUUUUCAAUGAUUUCAGAAAUACAUCGAGAUUUAAAUCCUUUGCAUGACCUCUAAAGGAAGCGAAUUUAAUUAAUAUACUGGUCCAUUUUUAUUGAAGUCUGAACCCUUUGGUUGAUCUGUAAAGAUAAUAUGACUUUGAUAACAAACUCUCUUCUUCUCUAUUCACUAUUUUCUAAUAUAUUUAAACUACUUUACUUUAUUUCAUAACAAUUUUCAUUA